GAGGUUAGGUGUCAACAAGUAAACAAUAAAUUUUUAGCUCCCAAUAUAAAUAAAUAAAACUUACAUAUAUGGAACUGUACUUCAUGGUUUAUUAAAGUCAGUGACACCAUUAUACCUGCCAGCUAAUAUAUUCACUUUAAGAAGUUGUACAAGACAUUGUUUGGAUUAAACAUAACCUCAAAAUGGAAUCCAUCACCAAAUCACUUGAGGAGAUGAAGGAGAUGUUCGGCAGUAGCAUGGCCAGCUUCCAGGAGCAGCUCAACUCAAAGUCCCCAGGCCCCCCGACCACCACUGGACUUGCUGCAGAAUUUAGCACAUUCCGGGCUUUCAUUAUGUCUGCUCUGGGAACUCUGCAGCAACAGGUAGAAUUUCUGGCUCGGGGCAUGGAUGCUGUUGAGAUGAGGAGCCGUCGCAAAAUGUUGCUGGUGCAUGGUGUUCCGGAGAGCAAAGAUGAGGACACCACAGUAGCUACCAUCAAAGAGCUUGCCGGCCACUUCGCAGACCCAGAGCUUUGCAGAGAGGUAGAUGUGAGGCAUUGUCACAGGCUGGGACGCAGUGUGGGUGAGAAGCCAAGACCUGUUGUACUGAAGCUAAAGGAGGCCUCACUACGGGACAGGAUUUGGUUUUCAAAAACCAAACUCAAGGGCUCUGGAGUGACUCUGUCUGAGUUUCUGACCAAGCCGCGUCACGACACCUUUAUGGCGGCUAGACAGCGGGUCGGCGUGUCGCGAUGCUGGACGAGGGAUGGGUGCGUGUUCGUGCUCAGCCCGGAUGGUAAGCGGCACCGAGCAGUGACUGUCGCCGAACUGGAUGCUGUGUGUCCGCCGACACUGCUCGCGGGAUCAUCGUCGGUCGCCAGUACGUUGCCGGGGGCUGCUAAAAAAGGUAGCGAGAAAGCUCCAUCAACCAAAGCCCGUCCAAAACGAGCCACAAUCCAAAAGUCUGCGUGAUCUUUGGUCAUAGUGUUAUGAUAGGUAGUUUUAAUUGUAAUCACAGCUUUUUAUUUUGUUUAUUUUCUUUUUCUACCUGAACUUUAAAUUUUUCAUUUUAUUUUGAAUGUCAAAGUUUAAACUGUCAAGUGUCUUGUCA